AUGGGAAUAGCAUCUUUUCCAAGUAGUAUCCUAAUGUUUUCAACACCUCCAAAAAGAUUGAUACAUGAUAGAGAGGUCGAUAUUGCUGAAGAAAUUGGUUGUGCCAGAGUGCUCACAUUAAAUCGGCCUAACCAGAUAAAUUUUAUAUCAAAUAAAAUGGCAUUAAUGCUGGGGCAGAAACUUGAGAAAUAUGAGAAAGAUGAUAAUGUUGAACUUGUAAUCAUCAAGGGAGCUGGCCGUACUUUCUCUGCUGAUGGGAAUGUGAAAGCAGCGGUGGAACAAAAAUUUUCAUUAAGGGGGGAUUCUUGGUUCGAACUUGCCUAUAGAAUAUAUCGGCUUUGUUACCACAUCCACACUUACAAGAAACCACAUAUCGCUCUUGUCCAUGGAAUGUCAGUGGAUGGAGGUGCAUCUUUGAUGGUUCCAAUGAAAUAUUCAAUCGUCACGGAGAAAGCAUGGUAUUCCACUCCUGAAGCAAGUCUUGGGUUCCACCCCUACUGUGCUUUCUCAUACAUGCUUUCUCGCCUUUCAGGUCGACUGGGGGAAUACUUGGGAUUAACAGGAGAAAGACUAAGGGGAAAAGAUGUGGUUGCUGCUGGACUUGCCACUCGUUUUGUUCCUUCACAGAAAUUAUUUCAGCUAGAGAAGUGCUUACUGAGCAUAAGUAAUGGUGAAGAGGAUGUUAUUAGAUCUGUCAUCGAUGAAUUUUCCACAAAUGUUCAAAUAGAUGAAAGGAGUAUCUUGAACAAGUUGGCCAUAAACAACGAGUGCUUCUCCAGAAAAUCUGUGGAGGAGAUUGUGGAUUCAUUUGAAGUUGAGGCAGGUAAAAAAGGAAAUGAUUGGAUUGUGCCAGUGCUUAAAAGAAAGAAGAAAGCUUCCCCAACUGGACUGAAAAUAACACUGAAAUCGAUACGAGAAGGAAGAAAACAAACACUAUCUGAAUGUUUGAGGAGAGAAUUUAGAAUUACAAUAAACACAUUACAAACCAUAAUAUCUGAUGAUUUCUCUGAGGGAAUAAGGGCUAUCAUCAUUGACAAGGAUAAGUCUCCAAAGUGGAACCCUUCAACUCUUGAUGAAGUGCAUGAUGAGCAACUCGACUUGAUCUUUAAGCCAUUCGAAGAACAUGACUUGGAACUGCAAAUUCCUGUAAAAAAAGAUGAAUGCAGGUGUCAAAAAUCCAAGGAAGGGAUAGUUAAGUCAAAUACACCUAAUUACGAUUUGCUAACUGGCUAAAUAAUCUAUAUUCACUAAAUAUAACACCAAAUUGUAAUUCUCAACCCAAAAGUAGAACAAUAUCAUACCAAUAUUAUAAUUAAGCUUACUCUAAGAGAAGAGUAAUCCUAGCCUACCUAGACGCUGAAGAAAACCCGAUAAAGUCCUCUUAAUUGGAGAUUUCCCAUUUCGAGAAGCCUUUGUAU